CAGGGUUUCGAAAAAACGAUGAAAUGAAGGCUAUGGAUGUUUUGCCAAUUUUAAAAGAAAAAGUUGCGUACCUUUCAGGUGGUAGAGAUAAACGUGGUGGCCCCAUUUUAACGUUCCCGGCCCGCAGCAACCAUGACAGAAUACGACAGGAGGACCUCCGGAGACUUGUCUCCUAUCUAGCCUGUAUCCCGAGCGAAGAAGUCUGCAAGCGAGGCUUCACGGUGAUCGUGGACAUGCGCGGGUCCAAGUGGGACUCCAUCAAGCCUCUUCUGAAGAUCCUGCAGGAGUCCUUCCCCUGCUGCAUCCGCGUGGCACUGAUAAUCAAGCCGGACAACUUCUGGCAGAAACAGAGGACUAAUUUCGGCAGUUCUAAAUUUGAAUUUGAGACAAACAUGGUCUCUCUAGAAGGCCUUACCAAAGUAGUUGACCCUUCUCAGCUCACUCUCGAGUUUGACGGCUGCCUGGAAUACAACCACGAGGAGUGGAUCGAGAUCAGAGUUGCUUUUGAAGACUACAUCAGCAAUGCUGCCCACAUGCUGUCGCGGUUGGAGGAGCUGCAGGACAUCCUGGCGAAGAAGGAGCUGCCUCAGGAUCUGGAGGGGGCCCGCAGCAUGAUCGAGGAGCACUCGCAGCUGAAGAAGAAGGUGAUCAAGGCCCCCAUCGAGGACUUGGAUUUGGAGGGACAGAAGCUGCUCCAGAGGAUUCAGAGCAGUGACAGCUUUCCCAAAAAGAACUCGGGGUCUGGCAAUGCAGACCUGCAGAACCUCCUGCCCAAGGUGUCCGCCAUGCUGGACAGGCUGCACUCGACCCGGCAACACUUGCAUCAGAUGUGGCAUGCGAGGAAGCUGAAGCUGGACCAGUGCUUCCAGCUGAGGCUUUUUGAACAGGAUGCCGAGAAGAUGUUUGACUGGAUCACACACAACAAAGGCUUGUUUCUGAACAGCUACACCGAGAUCGGGACCAGCCAUCCCCAUGCAAUGGAGCUGCAGACCCAGCACAAUCACUUUGCUAUGAACUGUAUGAACGUCUAUGUAAACAUAAACCGCAUCAUGUCGGUGGCCAAUCGCCUGGUGGAGUCUGGCCACUAUGCCUCGCAGCAGAUCAAGCAGAUCGCAAACCAGCUGGAGCAGGAGUGGAAGGCAUUUGCGGCAGCCCUGGACGAGCGGAGCACCUUGCUGGACAUGUCCUCCAUCUUCCACCAGAAGGCUGAGAAGUAUAUGAGCAAUGUGGAUUCGUGGUGCAAAGCCUGUGGUGAGGUUGACCUGCCCUCCGAGCUACAGGACCUGGAAGAUGCCAUUCAUCACCACCAGGGGAUAUAUGAGCACAUCACUCUUGCAUAUUCGGAGGUGAGCCAGGAUGGGAAGUCCCUCCUUGACAAGCUUCAGCGGCCCCUGACGCCCGGCAGCUCCGACUCCUUGACGGCCUCUGCCAACUAUUCCAAGGCAGUACACCAUGUCCUUGAUGUCAUCCAUGAGGUGCUGCACCAUCAGCGGCAGCUGGAGAACAUCUGGCAGCACCGCAAGGUCCGGCUGCACCAGCGGCUGCAACUGUGUGUCUUCCAGCAGGAUGUUCAGCAGGUGCUGGACUGGAUUGAGAACCACGGAGAAGCGUUUCUGAGCAAGCACACGGGGGUGGGGAAGUCUCUUCACCGGGCCAGAGCCUUGCAGAAACGCCACGAAGACUUUGAAGAAGUGGCACAGAACACAUACACCAAUGCAGACAAGUUGCUAGAAGCAGCAGAGCAGCUGGCACAGACUGGGGAGUGUGACCCGGAAGAGAUCUAUCAGGCUGCCCAUCAGCUCGAAGACCGGAUACAAGAUUUCGUCCGGCGUGUGGAGCAGCGGAAGAUUUUGCUGGACAUGUCGGUGUCCUUCCACACCCACGUAAAGGAGCUGUGGACCUGGCUGGAGGAACUGCAGAAGGAGCUGCUGGACGACGUGUAUGCCGAGUCGGUGGAGGCCGUGCAGGACCUCAUUAAGCGCUUCGGCCAACAGCAGCAGACUACCCUGCAAGUGACCGUCAACGUCAUCAAGGAGGGUGAGGACCUCAUCCAACAGCUGAGGGACUCAGCCAUCUCCAGCAACAAGACCCCCCACAACAGCUCCAUCAACCACAUCGAGACGGUGCUGCAGCAGCUGGACGAGGCCCAGUCGCAGAUGGAGGAGCUGUUCCAGGAGCGCAAGAUCAAGCUGGAGCUCUUCCUGCAGCUGCGCAUCUUCGAGAGGGACGCCAUCGACAUCAUCUCAGACCUCGAGUCCUGGAAUGAUGAGCUUUCCCAGCAAAUGAACGACUUCGACACAGAAGACCUCACCAUAGCCGAGCAGCGCCUCCAGCACCACGCAGACAAAGCCCUGACCAUGAACAACCUAACCUUUGAUGUCAUCCACCAAGGGCAGGACCUUCUGCAGUACGUCAACGAAGUGCAGGCCUCGGGUGUGGAGCUGCUUUGCGAUAGAGAUGUAGAUAUGGCCACGAGGGUCCAGGACUUGCUGGAGUUUCUUCAUGAAAAGCAGCAGGAACUGGAUUUAGCGGCAGAGCAGCAUCGGAAGCACCUGGAGCAGUGUGUUCAACUCCGCCACCUGCAGGCUGAAGUGAAGCAGGUGCUGGGCUGGAUCCGCAAUGGCGAGUCCAUGUUGAAUGCUGGCCUCAUCACAGCCAGCUCGUUGCAGGAGGCAGAGCAGCUGCAGAGGGAGCACGAACAGUUCCAGCAUGCCAUUGAGAAAACGCAUCAGAGUGCACUACAGGUGCAGCAGAAGGCCGAGGCCAUGCUGCAGGCCAAUCACUACGACAUGGACAUGAUCAGGGACUGUGCCGAGAAGGUGGCCUCCCACUGGCAGCAGCUCAUGCUCAAGAUGGAAGACCGCCUCAAGCUCGUCAACGCGUCGGUCGCCUUCUACAAAACCUCGGAGCAGGUCUGCAGUGUCCUUGAGAGCCUGGAGCAGGAGUACAAGAGAGAGGAAGACUGGUGUGGAGGAGCUGACAAGCUGGGGCCCAAUUCUGAGACGGACCACGUCACACCGAUGAUCAGCAAGCACUUGGAACAGAAGGAAGCAUUCCUGAAGGCUUGCACACUGGCUAGAAGGAAUGCUGAUGUCUUCCUGAAAUACCUGCACAGGAACAGUGUGAACAUGCCAGGGAUGGUGACCCAUGUCAAAGCUCCCGAGCAGCAAGUGAAAAACAUCUUGAAUGAGCUCUUCCAGCGGGAGAACAGGGUACUGCACUAUUGGACCAUGAGAAAGAGGCGGCUGGACCAGUGCCAGCAGUACGUGGUCUUCGAGAGAAGUGCCAAGCAGGCGUUAGAAUGGAUCCAUGAUAACGGGGAAUUCUACCUUUCCACGCACACCUCCACAGGCUCGAGUAUACAGCACACCCAAGAGCUACUGAAAGAGCACGAGGAGUUUCAGAUAACUGCAAAGCAAACCAAAGAGCGAGUGAAGCUCCUGAUCCAGCUGGCUGACGGCUUUUGUGAAAAGGGCCAUGCCCACGCGGCAGAGAUAAAAAAAUGUGUCACCGCCGUGGAUAAGAGGUACAGAGACUUCUCUCUGCGGAUGGAGAAGUACAGGACCUCUUUGGAGAAAGCCCUGGGGAUUUCUUCGGAUUCCAACAAAUCGAGUAAAAGUCUUCAGCUGGAUAUCAUCCCAGCCAGCACCCCUGGGUCAGAGGUGAAGCUCCGGGAUGCGGCUCAUGAGCUUAAUGAGGAGAAGCGGAAGUCAGCACGCAGGAAAGAGUUCAUUAUGGCUGAGCUAAUUCAGACUGAAAAGGCUUACGUACGAGAUCUUCGGGAGUGUAUGGAUACCUACCUGUGGGAGAUGACGAGCGGCGUGGAGGAGAUCCCACCCGGCAUCGUCAACAAGGAGCUCAUCAUCUUUGGCAACAUGCAGGAGAUCUACGAGUUCCAUAACAACAUUUUCCUGAAGGAGCUGGAAAAAUACGAGCAGUUGCCAGAGGACGUCGGCCAUUGCUUUGUUACUUGGGCAGACAAGUUUCAGAUGUAUGUCACUUACUGCAAAAAUAAGCCCGACUCCACGCAGCUGAUACUGGAGCACGCAGGCUCCUACUUUGAUGAGAUACAGCAGCGGCACGGAUUGGCCAAUUCCAUCUCUUCCUAUCUUAUCAAACCAGUUCAGCGAAUUACAAAGUACCAGCUCCUUUUAAAAGAGCUGCUCACCUGCUGUGAAGAAGGGAAAGGGGAGAUCAAAGACGGCCUCGAGGUGAUGCUCAGUGUGCCAAAGCGAGCCAACGACGCCAUGCACCUCAGCAUGCUGGAGGGGUUCGACGAAAACAUUGAGUCUCAGGGAGAACUCAUCCUGCAGGAAUCCUUCCAAGUGUGGGACCCCAAAACCUUAAUUCGGAAGGGUCGAGAACGGCAUCUCUUCCUCUUUGAAAUGUCCUUAGUGUUCAGUAAAGAAGUGAAAGAUUCCAGCGGGAGAAGCAAGUACCUUUAUAAAAGCAAAUUGUUUACCUCAGAGCUGGGUGUCACGGAGCACGUUGAAGGGGAUCCUUGCAAGUUUGCACUGUGGGUGGGGAGAACACCAACUUCCGAUAAUAAAAUUGUCCUUAAGGCUUCCAGCAUCGAGAACAAACAGGACUGGAUAAAGCACAUUCGAGAAGUGAUACAGGAGAGGACCGUCCACCUGAAGGGAGCCCUCAAGGAGCCAAUCCACAUCCCCAAAACUGCCCCAGCAACGAGGCAGAAGGGCAGGAGGGAUGGAGAGGACCUAGACAGCCAAGGGGAUGGCAGCAGCCAGCCUGACACAAUUUCCAUCGCCUCCCGGACAUCUCAAAACACACUGGACAGCGAUAAGCUCUCGGGUGGCUGUGAGCUGACAGUGGUCAUCCACGACUUCACGGCCUGCAACAGCAACGAGCUGACCAUCCGCCGUGGCCAGACGGUGGAGGUGCUGGAGCGGCCCCACGACAAGCCCGACUGGUGCCUGGUACGGACCACCGACCGGUCCCCUGCGGCGGAAGGCCUGGUGCCCUGCGGCUCACUGUGCAUCGCCCACUCGAGGAGCAGCAUGGAGAUGGAGGGCAUCUUCAACCACAAAGACUCCCUGUCCGUCUCCAGUAAUGACGCCAGUCCACCUGCAUCCGUAGCAUCUCUUCAGCCCCACAUGAUUGGGGCCCAAAGCUCACCCGGCCCCAAGCGUCCAGGGAACACCCUGAGGAAGUGGCUCACGAGCCCCGUGCGGCGCCUGAGCAGCGGCAAGGCUGACGGGCACGUGAAGAAGCUAGCCCACAAGCACAAGAAGAGCAGGGAGGUCCGCAAGAGCGCCGACGCGGGCUCACAGAAGGACUCUGACGACAGCGCAGCCACACCGCAGGACGAGACCAUCGAGGAGAGGGGCCGAAACGAGGGCCUCAGCAGUGGCACCCUCUCCAAGUCCUCCUCGUCUGGGAUGCAGAGCUGUGGAGAAGAGGAAGGGGAGGAGGGGGCCGAGGCCGUACCACUGCCCCCACCCAUGGCCAUUCAACAGCACAGCCUCCUCCAGCCGGACUCGCAGGAUGACAAGGCCUCUUCUCGGUUAUUAGUCCGCCCCACCAGCUCUGAAACGCCGAGUGCCGCCGAGCUCGUCAGUGCCAUAGAGGAACUCGUGAAGAGCAAGAUGGCACUGGAGGACCGUCCCAGCUCCCUUCUCGUGGACCAGGGAGACAGCAGCAGCCCCUCCUUCAACCCCUCUGACAACUCUCUUCUCUCCUCCUCCUCGCCCAUGGAUGAGAUGGAAGAGCGGAAGUCCAGCUCUUUAAAGAGACGCCACUACGUUUUGCAAGAAUUAGUGGAGACAGAGCGUGACUACGUACGGGACCUUGGCUACGUGGUUGAGGGCUACAUGGCACUCAUGAAGGAGGAUGGUGUUCCUGAUGACAUGAAAGGAAAAGACAAGAUUGUGUUUGGCAACAUCCAUCAGAUUUACGACUGGCACAGAGACUUUUUUUUAGGAGAGUUGGAGAAGUGCCUUGAAGACCCAGAAAAACUAGGGUCCCUCUUUGUGAAGCACGAGAGAAGGCUGCACAUGUACAUAGUAUAUUGUCAAAAUAAGCCAAAGUCUGAGCACAUUGUCUCAGAAUACAUCGAUACCUUUUUUGAGGACUUAAAGCAACGCCUUGGCCACAGGUUGCAACUCACAGAUUUGCUAAUAAAACCAGUGCAGAGAAUUAUGAAAUAUCAGCUGUUACUGAAGGACUUCCUCAAGUAUUCUAAAAAAGCUAGCCUGGAUACGUCUGAACUAGAGAGAGCUGUGGAAGUCAUGUGCGUCGUCCCCAAGCGGUGCAACGACAUGAUGAAUGUAGGACGGCUGCAAGGAUUUGAUGGGAAGAUUGUGGCCCAGGGCAAAUUGCUCCUGCAGGACACGUUCCUGGUCACGGACCGGGACGCGGGCCUCCUGCCUCGGUGCAGGGAGAGGCGGGUGUUCCUCUUCGAGCAGAUGGUCAUAUUCAGCGAGCCGCUCGACAAGAAGAAAGGCUUCUCCAUGCCAGGGUUCCUGUUUAAGAACAGCAUCAAGGUGAGCUGCCUUUGCCUGGAGGAGAAUGUGGAAAACGACCCCUGUAAAUUUGCCCUGACAUCGAGGACGGGUGACGUGGUGGAGACCUUUACCUUGCAUUCGUCCAGUCCCAGCGUGCGGCAAACAUGGAUCCAUGAAAUCAACCAGAUUUUGGAGAACCAGCGCAACUUUUUGAAUGCCUUGACGUCACCCAUCGAAUACCAGCGGAACCACAGCGGGAGCGGCGGGGGCGGCAGCGGCGGUGGGGGGGGCGGCAGCGGCGGCCCCGGCAGCAGCGGCGGCAGCAGCAGCAACCACAGCGGGGGCCCUGGCAGCUGCAGCGGGAUGCCCAGCGCGAGCAGGAGCAGACCGUCCCGGAUCCCCCAGCCCGUCCGACACCACUCCCCAGUGCUGGUCUCCUCUGCUGCCUCGGGCCAGGCCGAGGCAGACAAGAUGGCAGGUACGCCCACUCACGGCCCCUCUCUGCCUCCUCCCAGCAGCAGCCCUGCCGCGGAGGCUGCGCCCAGCCAGCCGAGCCGGCCCCCUCCCAGUGGGGCCUGUGAGGGCCCCGAGGGGGAAGCGGAGCCGAUCCCCAAGAUGAAGGUGAUGGAGAGCCCCAGGAAGUCCGCCCACGGGAAUGCCAAGGAGGCACGGAGCCCCCCGGAGGACAGCCGCCCGAGAGGCAGCCUGGGCGCCCUGCCCCUGGCGAAGCCCCGGCCUGGGGCCACCUCGCCCCUGAACUCGCCACUCUCCAGCACGUUCCCCUCCCCCUUCGGCAAGGAGCCUUUCCCUCCCAGCAGCCCCCUGCAGAAGGGCGCUUCCUUCUGGAGUUCCACCCCGGCCUCCCCCGCCAGCCGGCCCGGCUCCUUCACCUUCCCGGGGGACAGUGACUCCCUGCAGCGGCAGGCACAGCGCCACGCGGCCCCCAGCAAGGACACGGACCGUAUGAGCACGUGCUCCUCGGCCAGCGAGCAGUCCGUGCAGUCCACCCAGAGCAACGGGAGUGAAAGCAGCAGCAGUAGCAGCAUCUCCACCAUGUUGGUGACACACGAUUACGUGGCAGUGAAGGAGGAUGAGAUAAACGUGUACCAAGGAGAGGUCGUUCAAAUUCUAGCCAGCAACCAGCAGAGCAUGUUCUUGGUGUUCCGAGCCGCCACUGACCAGUGCCCCGCCGCUGAGGGCUGGAUCCCGGGCUUCGUCCUGGGGCACACCAGUGCAGUCGUCCUGGACAACCCCGAUGGGACCCUCAAGAAGUCAACAUCUUGGCACACAGCUCUCCGUUUAAGGAAAAAGUCUGAGAAAAAAGAUAAAGACGGCAAAAGGGAAGGCAAGUUAGAGAACGGUUACCGGAAGUCGCGGGAAGGACUCAGCAACAAGGUGUCUGUGAAGCUCCUCAAUCCCAACUACAUUUAUGAUGUUCCCCCAGAAUUUGUCAUCCCACUGAGUGAGGUCACGUGUGAGACAGGGGAGACCGUUGUUCUUAGAUGUCGUGUUUGUGGCCGCCCCAAGGCCUCCAUCACCUGGAAGGGCCCUGAACACAACACCUUGAACAACGACGGGCACUACAGCAUCUCUUACAGUGACUUGGGAGAGGCCGCUCUGAAGAUCGUCGGCACGACCACGGAUGACGACGGCCUCUACACGUGCAUCGCGGUGAACGACAUGGGCGCCGCCUCGUCGUCGGCCAGCCUGCGGGUUCUAGGUCCAGGGAGUGAUGGCAUCAUGGUGACCUGGAAGGACAACUUCGACUCCUUCUACAGCGAAGUGGCUGAGCUUGGCAGGGGCAGAUUCUCUGUCGUUAAGAAAUGUGACCAAAAAGGAACCAAGCGAGCGGUAGCCACCAAGUUUGUGAACAAGAAGUUGAUGAAGCGUGACCAGGUCACCCAUGAGCUCGGAAUCCUGCAGAACCUCCAGCACCCCUUCCUCAUUGGCCUCCUCGAUACCUUCGAGACCCCCACCAGUUACGUCCUUGUUCUGGAAAUGGCCGACCAGGGCCGUCUCCUGGACUGCGUGGUGCGAUGGGGCAACCUCACGGAGGGGAAGAUCAGGAUGUACCUGGGGGAGGUGCUGGAAGCUGUCCGAUACCUUCACAACUGCAGGAUUGCACACCUGGACCUGAAGCCCGAAAACAUCCUAGUGGAUCAGAGCUCGGCCAAGCCGACGAUCAAGCUGGCCGACUUUGGAGAUGCUGUCCAACUCAACACGACCUACUACAUCCACCCGCUGCUGGGGAACCCCGAGUUUGCAGCCCCCGAGAUCAUCCUGGGCAACCCUGUCUCCCUGACCGCAGACACGUGGAGUGUGGGGGUGCUCACGUACGUGCUUCUCAGCGGCGUGUCCCCCUUCCUGGACGACAGCGUGGAAGAGACCUGCCUGAACAUUUGCCGCCUCGACUUCAGCUUCCCAGACGACUACUUUAAAGGGGUGAGCCAGAAGGCCAAAGACUUCGUGUGCUUCCUGCUGCAGGAGGACCCGGCCACACGGCCCUCGGCGGCACUGUCCCUCCAGGAGCACUGGCUGCAGGUGGGCCACGGCAAGAGCACGGACACGCUGGACACGUCCCGACUGACCUCCUUCAUUGAGCGGCGCAAACACCAGAACGACGCUGGACCUCUCCGUAGCAUUAAAUCCUUCCUGCAGGGCAGGCUCCUGCCUAGAGUUUGACCUGGCUCAAGUUCUUUCUCAUUCUCUUUCACCUGCCAAUCAGCUGUGAAUUUAGAUCUUGAAGAGGAAAUAAACUAGUAAACAAACCAUCGCGGCAGUCAGCUGCCGGUGUGUUCAUCAUGUGACGUUGCCCCCAAGGGAGCUUGGGGCCCCGAGCCAAAGCUGUGCUGGGGUGGAGGACCGUGGCUGCCCUCUGCGGACGGCAGAGCCAGCACCGCUGUGUCACAGAAGUUUAUUCAGGUUUCUGCAAAAACAACAGAUAACUUUUUUAAAUGAACAGGAAUAGAAUUUUGCAAAUUUCACAUUUUCAAGAUUUGCUCAAGCAAACAAAACGCCUAUGUUCAACUACUGGUGUUAACGAACAAAACAAAGAUACUGGACAUCUCUGGGGAAGGCGCUUGCACAGAGCCUGUGCCUGCAGCCUGUCCCCCAGCUCAGUCCCCUGGCCCUGUGCUUUCCUAGCCACCUUGUCUGCGGCGUCUCCCCGGGACCCCAGACCUGGCUUCCGAAGGGGCGUUCAACCUCAGACUUUUGCAUAAGACUAGAACGAAUUGUUUUGCUCUGAUGAAAUGUAGGCCUUACUUGUACAUAAGACUGUCCCUGCCUUUGGUCUGUCCUACCCCACUGCCUUCCCUCCCCCAACUGACCUGCCUCCUGGGUGCCCCCUGGGGGCCCGAGGCCUCUGCCCCUGCCCAGCAAGCGAGGACAUGUGGUGGGGUCCCCCACCCCUCCCCACCCUCAACCCUCAGCCGUCAGUCAGAUUGCUGAGCGGUAUACAGUCAGAGGAAAAUACUGUAAAUGCACUCAUGGGGGGGUUUUUUGGUUUUGUUUCAUAUCAUGUGCAAUGUUGUGGCUUUAACAUUUUAUGCAACUAUUUAUGGCGACCUCUGUUGUACCUGUAAUAAAUACAUAGAAAAAGCA